AUGCGGCCGCCUGGCUAUUUGUCUCGCUACUGCAACGGAUCAGGCGAGAUGGAGAGGAGGGCAGGAUUAAGCGGGUGCAGAGAGAAGGAGGUGGUGUCGGUGGAGACCGUGUCUCUGUCUGCGGUGGAUCAGCAGCAAAAGAAUUCGGUGGUAAGGAUCGUUCUCGCAGGUGGUAUGGUGGAGAUGUAUGGUGGCGCUGUGUCAGCGCAGUUGGUGAUGGAGAAGUACCCGGGAUUAUGCCUCGCCAAGCCCGAUGUGUUCCAGAGACCACAUGAGUCCGUUGUGAGCCCCAGGGCGCGGCUUCUCCCGGGACAAAAGUUCUACCUCGUUCCCAGAUCCACCCUCAUCAAGCUAAGACGAAACGUGUCCAGAGAAGACAAACAGCUGGAAAAUAGGCUUCUUCAUGAGGAGGAUAUUGAUUGCCGCGAUGAUGAUUAUUCCAUAUGUUCUGCUAAAGAUUUCUAUGAUUCCAUAUGUUCUGCUAAAGAUUUCUAUGCUAGCAAGGAGAAUUGGGUCGAAUGCUUCAUGAAAAAGCUGGAAAAUGCAAAGGAGAUGCAGGAAAGGAGUAUGGAGAUGCCUAAUUUCAUUCCUCGGUCAAAGAAGUUACGGCCGAGGAUAGGAUUGUUAGGAGGCUGGCAGCCGAGCCUGAGUCCGGUCCAGGAGCUAUCUCCUUGAGCUACUAAUUCUUCGCAUGCUUUAGUAAUAUGAAGCUAAAGACUAACAUUUUCUCUUUAUCAUCGUCUUAAUCGCUCCAUCUAAUUAUGCUUGUGAGCUAAUGUCAUAAAAAAGAACUGUGUAAAAUUUGAUGACUGAGCAAUUUGAAAUUGGGAUCGACAGCAUGGAUGAUGAUGCAAUCGUCCCCCGAUAUUCCUA